AUGCAAUUCACUAUCCUCGCCUCUGCAGUGCUUGCACCUCUAGCCGUCCUAGCUGCUCCAGCCGAGCUACACAGCAGAUCAGACAUACUGGCAGCACGCCAGGCACGUCCUACAAAGCCUGCACCAUGCGUGCGCGCGAUGAACACGACCGAAGAGCAGACUGCGAAACGCGCUGACGCCUUUGCCCAAGCCUUUAUCUACAAGAAAGAUAUCAGUGAGGCAUUCAAAUACAUCUCGCAAGACUAUAUUAACCACAACCCCCUCGCACAGAAUGGAUCUGACUCCGCCUGGAACAUUCUUUCCCCAAUUUGGGCUUCGCAAAACAUCACGCCGUUACGUACAGCUUUUGAGUACCCGCAAAGCUGGCUCAAUUACCAAACAGGGAGUUUUGGGGAAGUUGUUGACCGAUUUCGUUGGGAGGGCGGAUGUAUUGUCGAGCACUGGGAUCAAGGAGAGAGGUUCCCAACGCUAUACGCUUAA